GCCCCUCUUCUUCUUCGUGGGAAUCCCCGAAAAAACAACAACGUGCUGCGGGCGAACAUCACAAUAUUUGGGCUUUUUGUUUUCCUCCGCUGCGGCUCCGGCUUGACUCACACCCGCGACUCGUUCCCCCUCGGACGGCGGCAGGGGGAAGCUCAAGGCACCCGAGUGUUCCCGGUUCUUCUCCCCUCCGGUGAAGCGGACACCGGAGAGCCGCCGGUAACCACGCACUCCUGCAUCUCGGCUUUUCCCUCAUUUCCUCUCUGCGGUUGACGACGGGAACUAAAUGAUGGAUGACAGUCUGCAGAACCUCCCUGCGAGCCAGGACUCCUUCAGUGAGUUCUGGGCGUCUGUCCAAACUCCCUCCAUCGCCACCAUCGCGGAGGCAAUGGAUGAUCAACUGGUCAACUGGAGGCCAUAUGACCAGAUUGAACAUUUGCUGGCAGAUGGGCUUGAUAUGAAUCUGUUUGAGCAGCUCCCAGAGACGGUAGCUAAAGACAGUGUUACUCCCCCGGCCUCCACCGUCCCAGUCACGACCGACUAUCCUGGGGAGUACGGCUUCCAGCUCCGCUUCCAGAAGUCUGGCACAGCCAAAUCUGUCACCUCCACUUUUUCGGAGCUUCUGAAAAAGCUGUAUUGCCAGCUGGCUAAAACCAGCCCCGUGGAGGUGUUGUUGAGCAAGGAGCCUCCUCAGGGGGCUGUCCUCAGAGCCACAGCGGUCUACAAGAAGACUGAGCAUGUGGCUGAUGUGGUCCGUAGAUGUCCCCAUCACCAGAAUGAGGACGCUGUGGAGCAUCGCAGCCACCUGAUCAGACUGGAGGGCAGCCAGAGGGCUCAGUAUUUCGAAGAUCCACACACAAAGAGGCAGAGUGUGACCGUCCCUUACGAACCCCCUCAGCUGGGCUCAGAGACCACGGCCAUCCUGCUGAGCUUCAUGUGCAACAGCUCAUGCAUGGGGGGGAUGAACCGCAGACAGAUCCUCACCAUCCUGACCCUCGAGACACCAGAGGGACUGGUGCUGGGCCGGAGAUGCUUCGAGGUGCGUGUCUGUGCAUGUCCAGGAAGGGACCGUAAAACCGACGAGGAGAGCAGCACCAAGACACCAAACGGCCCCAAACAGACCAAGAAGCGCAAACAAGCUCAGAGUAACCCUGCUCCGCAAACGACUACGGUGAGGAAGUCAAAGUCCUCCUCCAGCGCAGAGGAAGAAGACAAGGAGGUCUUUCUUCUUCACGUCAAAGGCCGAGAGCGCUUUGAAAUGCUGAAAAAAAUCAAUGAUGCUUUUGAGCUGGCGGAUAAAGACAAAGCCAAGAACAAAGUCUCUGUAAAGCAGGAGCUCCCUGUGCCCUCCAGCGGAAAGAGACUCGUGCAGAGGGGAGAGCGGAGCGACAGCGACUGAGCAGCUCGUUGCCUUGAUCAUGACGACAAACGUCAUCUCUUAAUCCUUCACAGCCUUCAGGUUUUAUAUCAGGUUAUUUACUCGUCAUCGGAACCCUAAAAUCACCUCCUGCCACCCUAUGCCAGAAAACUUGAUCUGAUAACUGUACUGCCUGACCGUUUACUGUACUGUAAGCACUGUACGGUGUUAAUUAAACAAACUAAUGAAUAAAGGUGGAAUGCAUUGAAGAGGAGCGCAGUUCACUCUGUAAGCAGACCCUGACUCCUCCUCCUCCUCCUCACUGCUCUCACUCUACUAUAGAGCUCCGGAUUCAAUCAGUGUUAAAUUUGGGUGGGAUUUUAAUUUGAGUUUUAACGACUGUUUUUAAAAUGUGUCAUUCCUGUUGGCAUUAAUUAUGCAUUCCUUUUUUGUCAGAUUUUAAUUGGUUAAAAACCCAAAGAGAUCUUUUUUUAUUUGUUUUUUCUUUGUUCAACUGUUUUGUCAAAGUAUUAAUUAUGAUCAAGUGCGGUUUCAAACCCGAAAGUCCAAACCAAGGUUCUUUUGUUACAUUGUUUACAUUCGAUGUUUGGUUUUCAAAUUGAAAUUCAGGGAGCGCACACAAGACAUGUGUCCUGGGCCGUGUCUACUUAUCCGUGACAUCGAUUGGUUUGUAGACGGGCAAACGUUUUUUGGAAAAAGGUCAGCAUGAAAAAAAAGUCUUUCCGUUUGAAUGGAUGAAAUGAAUGUACCGGUUCACUUAGUUACUUUUGUUGCCACUUUAAUAUUACUAUGCUAUUACAAGCAGCAAAAUGAACGUCAGGCAAUCCUGCAAACCGCUUCUGCUUCAUUUUCUUCUGUAGUUAUCUGCUUCAACUUCCUGCAAAUGGUUUUAAAAGUAUCCAAACUAUCCGAAGAAAGUUAGUCUGGUCUAAAUUUUGCCCGAGGCCCCUUUCACACGUGUUGAGUUGGUUCCGACCUGGUUCCCGUCUGGACCAAACAACACUGGUGUGAAAGCGCCUUAAAUGUUCGGUGCAAAGAUUUUUUUUUUUUUAACCAACAGGCCGGAACCAACGUAAAGCUAAAUGCCUGGAAAUUAACAAAGAUUGACAGAAUUGAUUUUAGUCCGUUUGUGUUUUUAUUGUUAAAGAUCAGCUUGUUUUCAUAGUCAACACAAUGAUUUCUGUUCAAAUGAACACCGUUAGUUGGAUGAGGGGCUGGCUGGAUCACCCCCGAAAACCCAAUCACAUUUCUUUGGUACCUGUGAGUUUUUAUACACAACAAAAUUACACCUUGGAGGAAACGAGAGGAUUUGCACUCAUGCAGGAACAUUCGUUUUUUUUAUGUUUGGCAACAAUUCCACUCUGAUACAAUAUGACAUCUUUCUUUUUAUGGGACCUUUCAAAAAAUAACUUCAGGAUUUUCGUUGAAUGUUUUCUUCCAUCCGCAAGUUUAUCAGCACUUGAGUUCAACCAAUCACUGUCGAUGAAUAAAACCACUCUAAUUUCACACUGCCAUUGAAUGUGCAUAAGGCAUUUCCUUUUUUUAUUAUUGUCUGUUUCUUUUAUAGAUUAUUUUUGGGAACUUAGUUUUAUAUAAGAGGUUUAUCUUUCUACUGUUUAGUUUUCAUGUUUUUGUACUAUUUUCCAUUUUGUUAGUCAAAGCUUUAAUCCGAAAUAAACGCUUACCGUCA